AUGAGACGCAGUUGUGAGACUCCAGUACGCAUGCCCUCCCCCCGCGACACUGCUGCUUCCAACAACAAGCAAGAAGCCAGCAACAUGGCCGACCUAGGAAAGAAGUACUGCGUAAACUGCCUUGCAGACGUUACGAAUCUGCGGCUUCGCUGUACUGACUGCCCAGAUAUCGAAUUGUGUCCGGAGUGCUUCUCCGCGGGUGCAGAAAUCGGUAAUCAUCGGCGAUGGCACGGUUAUCAGCAAGUCGACGGCGGGCGCUUCACACUCUGGGGUCCCGAAGCGGAGGGAGGAUGGACUAGCAGGGAAGAGCAGUCGCUACUCGAUGCGAUCGAGCAAUAUGGCUUUGGAAACUGGGUAUUUUAAUUUAUAGCCUACUUGUCUCAGCUAGCUAGCUAAAAUACAAACACAUGUAUAAAAGUAUAUAGAUUAAAUGUGAAUGAGUAAAGUUACUCUCAUGAAAAUAACGCAAUAUAUCUCCGAAUACUUUUAACAACUUCAGACUGACAGCCAGGUCCUGUCGAGAGUUGGCAAUAUCGAUGCAACUCUGCAAGCCUUGAAAUCCACCUUGUUUUAGUCCUGAUUACAGUUAGCUAGUUAAGUUGUUAUAAUGCAUAUUUCUUAAUGCAAAUGAACAUUGCAAUCCAGGUUGCAAACCUGCACUGCAUUAUGAACAUACAGUAAACUUUAAGUGUAAUGUAGACUAGUCAUCUGUUAAAAUGGAUCUGUUGGUUUGUAUCACCUAUCAAUGGAAUUCAACACACAUGUAUGCUAAUAGUGUAUAAAAGUGUGUGUGUGUGUGUGUGUGUGUGUGUGUGUGUGUGUCUAAAUGCUUGCAGUGAUGUUUCCCUAUAUGUUUAACUAUCUGCAUUUUAUGAGAGAAAAAACAUCCCCCCCAGUAACACUUUGCCCUGUGUGUGUGUUGUCUUUCAGGAGGACAUGGCCACUCAUGUGGGGGCGUCUCGAACCCCCCAGGAGGUCAUGGACCACUAUGUCAGAAUGUACAUUCACGGCAACCUGGGCAAGGCCUGCGUACCCGAAAGCAUCCCCAACCGGGUGACGGACCACACAUGCCCCAGCGGCGCUCCCCUGUCCCCCAGCCUCACCACCCCCCUGCCCCCGCUGGACGUGACCCUGGGCGAGCAGCAGCAGCUGGGCUACAUGCCCCUCCGCGACGACUACGAGAUUGAGUAUGACCAGGAGGCGGAGAAGCUCAUCAGCGGCCUGUCGGUCAACUACGACGAUGAAGAUGUGGAGAUUGAGAUGAAGCGGGCGCACGUGGACAUGUACGUGCGCAAGCUGCGUGAGCGCCAGCGGCGCAAGAAUGUGGCCCGUGACUACAACCUGGUGCCCGUCUUCCUUGGGCGUGACAAGGAGAAGCCGGGCACGCUGGGAGUUGUAGGUGGCGGGGGUAGUGGUGGCGCCGUCGUAGGGGGAGGAGGAGCAGUGGGGACCCUUCUGACGCUGACCAAUCCCAUGGUGACUCCGGGUGCUGCAGCCGUUCCUACAGUGCCAAAGCGUAAGAUCACCAAGGAGGAGAAGGAGCAGCGGGUCAAGUUGCGGGGGAUGUGCCAGUUCAUGGCUCAGCGGGAGUUUGAGGACUUUUUCGACAACAUGCACAAGGAGCGCGUGCUGCGCGCCAAGGUACGAGAGCUGCAACGAUACCGCCGCAACGGCAUCGCACGAUUGGACGAGUCGGCCGAGUACGAGUCGGCGCGGCACAAACGGGAGAAACGCAAGGAGAACAAGAGCGUGGCGACCUCAAAAACAGGCCGCGGCGGAGGGCUCUGCACUGGGGGAGGAGGAGGGGGAGGGCUUGGAGGAGGGGCGGGAGGUGGCGGAGUUGGCGGUGGCAUCAUCAAAGAGGAGGGCAAGGACGGCGAGUUUGCGGCCAUCGAGAACCUGUCCGGUUUCGAGCUGCUUUCGGACCGGGAGAAGGUGCUGUGCAACACGCUCAACCUCAGCCCCACGCGCUACCUGACCGUCAAGACUAUCAUCAUCAAGGACCACCUGCAGAAGCGCCAGGGCAUCACCUCCAAGAGCCGCCUGCCCAGCUACCUGGACAAGGUGCUCAAGAAACGCAUCUUCAGCUUCCUCACAGAGAGCGGCUGGAUAUCCCGAGACGUGUCUUAA